AUGGAUAAUAAUAGCGAGGACAGACAGUCUGAAUUUUAUUCCUUGAAUAGUAGCACCUACAUACCUGCUGGAUCAAGAGAAAAGUAGCCUUCCCAGACUAGCAGACGAUCAAAGUUCUCAAACUUUUAUAAUCAAAAUUCUAAUAGAAAUGAAUCAUUCAAAACCUGCAAUGACUAAGAUGGAAGUGAUGAUGAAUUUUAAGAUGCAAUAUACAGCAAAGAAAAUCAAAAUCGUCUAGACUAUCAGUAUGAAGAAAAAGAUGAAUACUAGUAAGAGAGAGAUAGAUCCGUUACAGAGAAAGAGUUUAAAAGAUAGACAUACAGACUAGAUACUAUCGAAGAGGAGGAUAGGUUUAUUGAAUAUCCAAAUCAAAAGGAAUCAAUUAAGAUUGAAAAGGCAGUGGCAUUUGAGAAAGCAGAUGGAAAAUAUAUAAUCGCAAAUCAAUCUAAAACACCUUAGAAUAUAAAGUUAACUUCAAGUUCUAAAAAAUCUCAAUAGCUUAACAUGAUGAUUAUAGCUGAAAGUCCAGAUGAAGCCAAAACCUCUUUUGAUUAAUUGCCUAUUACAAGAUUACUUAACUUUGGUACAACAAGUAUGCAUGAUUUUUAAGAUGCUGAUCUGGAAAUACCUAAAAACUCAUUGCUUUAAAGUGAUGAUAUACAAGAGGAGAGGCAUACUUUAAGCUCAAAGAUUCCAUCAUCCAGACAAAGAAUAAGAGUCAAUACAGUUGUUGAGAAAAAUGUAGCACUUAACGCCUUCCAUUUGAAGAUCAAUAUUUUGAUUAACUGUAUGAUGUUCAUAGUCAUUGUUCUGUAACUAUCAAUUACUGCUUGGAUUAAUUAUCCUGUUGACUAUAAUGGAAUGCUAGAUGAUGGAUAGAUUAAUCUUCUUAACUAUUUUUCUGAAGUAGGGACAGGCUUGAAAAAUGAAGACAAUUCUGAUUUCAAAUUAGAUCUCGCUGAAAGUGCAAUUGAUGACAACUAUUGUCAUGAUUAAAUAAAGAGAUUUGCAAGUAAUGCCAAGCUUGAUAAAUUAUGUAGUUUUCCGUUCUUCAUCAUUGGAUUUGUAAUAUGGGUCAUCUUAAUUGGAAAAAUGCAUAACAUUAAGGACUGGUCUGCAGGACCCUGGAUGGAAGUAGGACUUAUAAUUCUAGCAAUAUCUAAAUCACUGCAUUUCAAAUAUUUCAAUUACAGAUAUGAGUUGAAUAAAGAAAAGAGAAGGCUUUUGGCUGACACAUUAGUAGACUGA